GUCGUUUUAUUCCCCUCGAGGAAUGCUACGGAAUCCAUUCCGACCAUUCACACUUUCGAAACAUAUGCUGACGAACGGCAGGGAUCUAUUUCUACUAUUUUUUCUUCGAAAGAAUUCGGCUUUUGUUGGACAAGGGAUUUUAAGCAUUUAACUGGAAUACGAAGCUUUAUAUUUUGACCUUCGUACCAACGAUUUGUCAUUUCGUUAUGCUCACUAUUCGAUCACAAUUUUGCUGGACAGACACGAACUUGGAUUUCAGUUUCAAUGAUUCUUUUCGAGAUUCGAUGCAGUGGGACAAAAAUUCUUUUUAUUGCUAUUUUUUUUUCAGUUGUCUUUUCGUCCGAUUGUUACAAUUCUUUUUCAGAUACUUCAUCUUCCGGUCGAAAUAUAUUUUUUUUUUUUAACCCAUCGCACUUUGUUGUAAGUUUUAUGAGCUCUGUUUCAUGCAAAAUUCUAUCGAUAAUGAAAUAUUCCAAGCUGCAGAACUCAAUUGCGACGAAGCAUAUUUCCAGGAAUUCUUUUCAUUUGUCAACGUUUAUAUUUUCUGUGGCAAUUAUAAAGCUUACAAUAAAAAUAUUUAAAACAUGGAAUAUCCGGAUGAAUCAAUUGAGUCCCAGAACGUGCACGUGAACGCUCAUUUUCACUACGAAGGUAUACGAGCUAAUAAAAAAUGUAAACAUUAUCAUAUUCUCACGCAUUCGACCCCGCGAGCGUGUCUGACGUUUUCGUCAAGCGUUCGAAAGUCCAUCAAUAAUUCAAAACAAAGUGCAAUUACGUGUGCAAUAUUUCUAUGCAUAAAAAAUUCAUUUUCUUCUCAAUUAAUUUUUGAUGUGCUACAAAAAAUAACGAGACAGCAAACAAAGCCUCAGUUUUGUAGCUCGCGUUCUCGGUCAGUCGAGUUCACGGCUCGUGUUGCGAGCAGUCACCGGAAAACAUUUCAUCAAACAAGGAAACUCUUUCCAACGAUUUUUUGAGGUUUUAACCAUGUCUGCGAAAUCAAAGUGUGUUAAUUUAACCCCUUACUUUUUCGGGAUCGUUCUCAUUUCAAUAUCGAUUUAUCUGAUGGUAAAUCAGCCACACACAACCUUCAUGCGUGAUUUGGUGUACAAAGAGUUUGAACUCGUCGAAGGCACAGCAGGAUACGACCAAAUAUGGCAUGACCUUGAUAUGCUCUUUCGCGUGUGGUUCUUCGACGUGUCUAAUCCGGACGCGGUAAUGGAUGGAGCGUUGCCAGAAUUAAUCGAGCGAGGUCCUUAUGUUUACGAUAUGAAGGUGGAAAAAGAUGUCAUCAAAAUAGACGAAGAAGCGGACGAAAUGGAUUUUUACACGAUACGAACAUAUUAUUUCAAUAAGAAAUUAUCGUUUGGCAGCGAAGACGACGAAAUUACGAUAAUAAACUCCGCCUACAUGGGCACCAUCGGCACGAUCGUUGCAGCUUUCCCGAGCUUCUUGAAAAAACUGGGAAACAACAUUCAGAAACUCUAUCCUGGCAUGUACGACAUUUUUGCCCGUGGCAAAGUCAGCGACGUUCUUUUCGGCGGUCUGCCAAUGGAAUGUGACCCGAACAAGUACAAAGAACUGAAGCUCAUUUGCAGCUUCUUGACAGGAAAAAAACCGGCAGUCAUCACAGACACCGAAGUCCCCGGGGUCUACAAAUGGAGCUUCUUUCGCAGGCUGAACGGGACUAGGCAGGGUCCGCUGACGGUGAAUCGGGGAGUAAAGAACAAGACUCGUCUAGGCGACACGACCGCGUACAAAGGAAAACGCGUUCAGAGUAUUUGGAAGAGUGAGGAAUGCAACGCGGUGCUUGGCACAGACUCGGUAACCUGGCCACCGAUGGAAAAAACUUUGGACUACGUUCACGUUUUCGAGCCCCAGAUCUGUCGGUGGAUCAAAACUGACUACAAAGAAGAAGUUACGAUACAUAAUCUGAUGGGAGAUCGGUACGAGCUCAACGAGAAACCAUGGAGCCCCGAAGAAUCAUUGUGCUACUGUCCCGUCGUUAAAAAACAGCCGGUUUGCCCACCCAGCGGAUUGGUAGAUCUGACCCCGUGUCUGGAAGCUCCAAUUUUUUAUUCGGAGCCUCAUUUCAUGCACGGGGAUCCUGCGCUGCUGGAGUAUGCCAAAGGGCUUCGACCGGAUCCGUCUCUCCAUGCGACUUUCGUAACGAUUGAACCACUGAGCGGUAUUCCUCUCUCGGGCUCGAAGAAAUCCCAGCUAAACGUCAAAGUGAUCCAGUCGCCGGUCGUUGAGAUAUUGAGCAACGUCACCGAAGGCUACUUUCCCAUUCUCUGGGUCGAAGAGGGAAAGAACGCGACUCUGGCUUCUCUCGGUGAGCGCCUUCAAAUCGAAAGGAUCAUCAAACUGCUCGCAUACAUGGUCCACGUGCCUCUGGUCAUUGGAAUUUUUGUGAUCCUCAAGGCCUUCUAUUUACAGUCUUAUGCCGGAGGAUCCAAGCCAAAGUUCGAACCGGUCGAAAAUUUAGACUCGGUUCUCGUCCGGCAAAACCCACGGCUCGAUAAACCGAGAGUUUCGGUAUCCCAAAGAAUAAGAACUCGCGUUAAUCGAUUUUAAUGACCUCGUCAGCGGACGCCUGGCAUUUCGAAGAAUCGAUUUUUCAACCGCACCACUUCGCUCGACGCAGAUCGAUCUUGACCUUCUAGUAUUGAAAUAGAUUCGAAAUGUGAAAUUUUUCAUCAACAGCACCAUUGCGUCUAUGCUUCGCCAAUUCUUUUCGAGCCUCGAUAAAAAAAAAGCUCACAAAACAAAUGCUUCCGUGUCGUUAACCUCUUUCCAGCCAUGCUCCCAUGUUGGGAACAAGAGUUUAAAGUUCACGCGUACAUGAAUAGCAGAAAUCUUCUUUAUCGGCGAUUCCUACACUCGAGGGCUUGUAUGAGCACGUCAAGUGGUCGACGCCGUUUUUAGACGUGGAUCGUCGAGGCAUCUCAAUUUUUAGUGUCAAAUCAUAACAAAGCAAGAGAUUAAUUUCUAUGUCUGCGAGACUGCGGCCUCACUAGAUCGAAAAAAAUGGCCAUUGAAGUGAAAACUCGACUUUUGGAGUACUGACAGCAGUUUUUUUUCAGGAAUUUGUUUCACCACUUUAUAAAAUUGCUCUUCAGUCGUAUCGAGUACGAGGGAAAAAAAUUUCGACGCAUCUCCAAAAUUGGGGUUGGAAAGAAGUAAUUCGACUCGAAAUAUUUUAACAGGAAGGAAGUUGACUGUGGAGAAAUGAAAAUCGAAGAUUAAUCU